UUUUUUUUUAUGCUAACACAACAUUAAUUAUUUUGACUGCUACUACAAAAUUAGUUUCUCUUUCUCUCUCUCCCUCUCUCUUUUUAUAUAACUAUUUUAACAAAUAAUGGAUACUGAAUGGACCCAGACACCUAAAUUAAAGCAUCAUUCUAUUAUUAAUAACUCGAGAAAAUCAAGUUCGUUACCAUCUUCUCCUUCAUUAUUACAAACAGAUAAUCAUUUCGACAUCUUAACACCUCCACUACACUCAUCUAAAAAAAAGAGAUCUACUAAAAGAAGAAAGAAACCAAGUUCUUCUUCUACAUCAACGUCUUCAAAAAUUGGAUCACCAUUAAAUCAAGAAAUAAAACCUCCUAUUUGGCAUAAUGAUCAUACUGUACCAGAUAAUGAAUUGAAUGAACAACAGCAACAGCAGCAGCAACAGCAGCAGCAACAGCAACCCAAUGAAUCAUUACGUCAGAUUUCAUUUUUAGAGUACUUGAAAGACGAAUUAACAGUAGCUGAUUUUGACAGUGCUCAAGAAUUAAAAAGAGAACGAAUUACAAAUUUCAUAGGCAUACCUAGCGCUAUUGAAAAGUUGAUGGGUUUUGGCCUUUUUGUUUGCUUAGAUUCCUUAUUAUAUACCUUUACUAUUUUGCCAUUAAGAUUUUGUUUAGCUUUUUAUCAUUAUGUCAUUUAUGUUUAUCGUAAUAUUCAAUUUUUACUUGGAAGGAGAGAAGGAGUUGUUCGCUUGAAAUCAUCACAGAGAUGUGAUUUACUAAAAGGAUUUUUAAUAUUCAUUACAUGUAUUGUCAUGUGCCUAUUUGAUCCUUCUCGUAUUUAUCAUACCAUUCGAGGUCAAGCUGUGUUGAAAUUAUAUGUGGUAUUUAAUGUAUUAGAAAUCUGUGAUAAACUUUGUUGCUCGGUGGGUGUCGAUAUUUUAGAUGCAUUAUUUUCAAAAUCUACCUUGGGAAAUAACAAUAAUGAUAAUUCUGUUAAAAGACAACUAAAACCAAUCACAUUAUUCCUUUUAGCAACUGUUUAUAUGAUCAUCCAUACAGGAGUCUUAUUUUUACAAAUGAUUACUCUGAACGUAGCUAUCAAUUUCUAUUCAAAUGCAUUAUUAUCAUUAUUAAUUUCUAACCAAUUUGUGGAAAUCAAACAAUCUGUUUUUAAGAGAUUUGAAAAGGAAAACUUGUUUCAAUUAACUUGUGCAGACAUUGUUGAAAGGUUCCAACAAUCUGCAUUUUUAUUUAUUAUUACAUUACGUAAUAUUAUUGAACUCUCAGAAUCAGGUCCAUCUUCUAUCCUGCCUUCAACGUUUGUACCACUCUUUAAAUUACCCGCAACUACUUCUUUGAAUACCUUAAUGACACCUGUUGUGAUGGUAAUUGCAUCAGAGUUGAUGGUUGAUUGGCUUAAACAUGCAUUCAUCACAAAAUUUAACCAAAUACGACCUAGUAUUUAUGGAAAGUAUAUUGAUAUUCUGUGUAAAGAUCUCGUCAUUGGUAGUCCUGGCCGUAUUACAGGACAGCAUCAUGCAUUCGUAGAUCAAUCGCCUGUUGUAUCUAGACGUAUUGGCUUUCCCGUUUUACCAUUAGCUUGUCUAUAUGUUCGUAUGAUGCAACAAAUUUUACCAAUGAUGUUUAUGUCACAAAGUAAUAGCACUCAUACUUCUAGUGCUGCAGCAUCUAUGAUAACCUCAACUAUAAUGGAUUACUUGACAAAUCAUCAAGGAGUACUAAAUCGAAUUUUACCUGUACGUAUUCAACUUGUUGUUUUGUCUAUGAUUAAAUAUGGAUGGCUGGAACAUGUCUUGGAUAAUUUCUUUCAAAUUUCCUUUUGGGUUAUAGUUGUUCUUGUUUUCGUGAUCAUAUUAUUGUCUUUAAAGGUAGUGGUAGGAGUGAAUUUGUUAGGAUUUGCCUAUAAACGAUUUGCAAGUAUGGAGGAAAGAAAUGAAAAUGAGGCUAAAAAAGUGCAAGAAAUGAAGACAAUGUCAAAAGAUGAAAGAGAAUAUAAUACAUCUUUAAGAAAUUAUCUUAGCCAACCAGAAGAUGUUAUCUUGGGCGGGAGACCUAUGAAAUAUACAUUGGAAAAUGUAGAUCGAUUUUCAAUGGUAAAAAGUCGUAUUCCUUAAAAUAAAAAAUGUGUAAAAUUUUGUAUAAAAGAAGAAUUAUUUGUAUUAUCUUUAUUUCCUGUUGCAAUAGUCAA